CACUGAGAGGACAAUGAGAGGAGAAGGAGCUGAAUGGAGCUUUAUUACUUUCCCAGUCUCUUCAGCUCGGACUCUCCUGAGCCUGCUUCCUCUCCAGCACGUAGGCUGCACUGGCUGCACAUCAGGAGUCUCUCUCUUUCUCUCUGUGUGUGUAUGUGUGUGUGCAUGCGAGUGUGUGUUUGUGCUGUGAGUCAUCUGUCCUCUCUUUUGCUUAGGAGUGUAACAGGAGCUCUACAGCUGUCUUAAACAGCCUCGGCCGGAUACUCCUGUUGUUGUUUUUUUUUUAAAUUAAUUCAUAUUUCUCAUAAAAAGAGAAUACAUAGUCAUAUCAAGCAAAAGCUAAGGCUGUGUGUAUAAAUGUUGUGCAAUUAAUUUGUAGAGUUGCAUUUUGUAAUUGCAUGUUUGGUGGCAAAUCAUAAAAUAAUUACAAGUGUGCUGGGUUAAUGAAUUGAUGUGUUUGGUGAAUUUUGUGUGUGGUGAAUUUGCUGAAAGGCGGGGCAGUGAGAGUUGUGCUGUUGUGUGCGUAUAGACUUGUAAGCUGUGGGCUGUCUGCUGCUGAUUAAUGCUUCAGUGGUUGCAUGGGGCAUGGGUCUCCACUUGGGGGUGUUGGCCUGUCUCAUGCUCUGAACUUGGCACAAAUGCUGUGUCACAAGGCCAGAGUCACGCGCGUGUGCAACCCAACGCGGGCUGCGCUUUGGAUCGGACUGCGUCUGGCACGUUAUACUAGCCGUUCCACUCCGUGUGCUUUCCCUUUGGUGUGGCGCUCUCUAAGUGACAUUACGUUAGUUAUCCUGUUUUUCAUUCAAGUCGCAGUACAAACCAACCAAAACUACAGGGUUACAAUACAUUCUCUCAAGCUAGACGGUGAAAGUUUGCAGUACAUAAGGCAUUUAGGACAGCGUACUUUUAUCGCGUAGCCACCGAGCCCGCUGUAGGUGUGGAUUUAGGGUGGGAAUGCGCGCUACGGCAGUUGUUUGUGCGCGCUCGACACGGCCGGUGCUUGGGCGAACGCGUGCUGGCGCUGCCAAGGGUCCAGUCAAACACUCUUUCUGGAGAAGAUUUGUUUCAGUUCUGUGUUCAGAUUGCCCCCACAGCUGGAGCGGGGAAGAUAUGAGCAGCUGGUCUAAUGAGUGAUCCAGUGCUUGCCGUGGUCCAGCACCAUGGUAGAUGUGCCGAGUCCAUUCAGUCCAUGGUCCCCAGUGGGGGACACAGAGUUGGACAGCCCUCUGUGCGGGGAGCUGAUCAAGGACAUGGGGGAGCUGGAAGACAUUUCUCACUCCCUUAGUAAUGAUGCUUUCAGCUUGCUAUACUUGCCUGACUGCCAGGGAUCCAGCACUGGUUCUGAAAACUCCACUGUUCUGGAUGUACUGAGCCCAGCUUCCAGUCCAUCCUGUACAGUGUCAGGAGCACUGUUGAGGCAGGACGACGUAACUGCCAGUCCCCUGGACCUCGAGUGCCGUGUGUGUGCUGACCGAGCCUCUGGCUUUCACUACGGCGUGCAUGCAUGUGAAGGAUGCAAGGGUUUCUUCCGGAGGACCAUACGCCUCAAACUGGAGUACGACAAGUGCAAGCGCAACUGCAAGAUCCAGAAGAAGAACCGCAACCAGUGCCAGUACUGCCGCUUCCGCAAGUGCCUCGCUGUGGGCAUGUCCCACAACGCUAUCCGCUUUGGCCGGAUGCCCCAGUCGGAGAAGCUGAAGCUCAGAGCAGAGCUGCAGACAGGCCAGAGGGAGCCAGGCCAGACCCAGCUGGCUGAUCUUAAGACUCUGGCCAGGAAGAUCCACCAUGCGUACCUCAAACACUUUGAGAUGAACAAGGCCAAAGCACGCAUCUUCCUCAUGGGCAAGACCAACACACCGAUCCUCUUUCACCAGCCCUUUGUCAUCCAUGACCUGGACACACUGCAGCGAGCACGGCAGACUCUAGCCACCCAGCUGCUGGGAGAGGGAGGUGAAUUGGUGGCACAUGACCUGCAGGCCCGGGAGACCGAAGCAUGCCUUUUCCACUGCUGCCAGUACACGUCCGUGGAGACGGUGACGCAGCUCACUGAGUUCGCCAAGGCUGUGCCGGGCUUCGCCGCCCUUGACCUCAACGACCAGGUGACGCUGUUGAAAUACGGUGUGCAUGAGGCCCUGUUCGCCCUGCUGGCCUCCUGCAUGAACAAGGAUGGGCUGUUGGUGGCCCAGGGAGGGGGCUUCAUCACCCGGGAGUUCCUCAAGAACCUCCGCCGGCCCUUCAGCGACAUGAUGGAGCCCAAGUUCCAGUUUGCCACACGCUUCAACGCCCUUGAGCUGGACGACAGUGACCUGGCGCUGUUUGUGGCUGCCAUCAUCUGCUGUGGAGACCGACCAGGACUAGGAAACGUGUCAGAUAUUGAGUGCAUUCAAGAAAGUAUCAUUCUUGCUCUACAGCUCCAUCUGCGGGCCAACCACCCUGACAACACGUUCCUCUUUCCAAAGCUCCUGCAGAAACUGGCUGACCUCCGUCAGCUUGUAACUGAGCAUGCACAGUUAGUCCAAGACAUUAAGAAUACACAGGACACUUCUCUCCACCCAUUAUUGCAGGAAAUCUACAGAGAUAUGUAUUGAGUUCUGGUGGGGAGAAGAGUGUUGCUGUGCACGAUGUAACACGUCUAAACAAUAACAGACACCUUCCAACUUCAAGACUAUUGCAAGAGGAUUGCAAUUUACUCAUGACUCUUAGACCUGUUUUGAUAAAAAUAUUAUACUAUAUGAUAAGUAUGCUUUUACUGUAAAAACUUGCACACACCUCCAAUCUAAUAAACCAGUAUGGGCCUGGCAAGAGUGGGCACUAAUCUUCAGGACCAGCUAUUGGUGGUACACAUUGCUUUUCUCUCUAUGGAAAAUGCAGAACUGAACCCACUGUGAUGAGGACAGUUUACCCAACAGUCAUCACCUUUAGGCUGCAGGUGCAGCACUGCCCACAACAAGCAAGCUAAUCGCCACAGAACUGUUCAAAUGACCAUAUUUUAUACCUUCUGUAAACAGUGUGUGCUCAGAGGCAAAAUGUAUGCAACUGUUGUAAUAAUGAGUAUUCUAAAAAUGAAAUGUAAUUGUCAUGCCAUGCUAGAAUGUUAGAAUAUGGCUUACACACAGAGCCAUCAAUCGACGACCAAUACCUCAUUUUAAAUAGCAUAAGACAACAUUUAUGGUAGAUUUAGUAUUACAAAUAUGAAUACACACUGUGAGGCACUCCACUAAUUAGGAAUCAAUGUAUAAGUUAUUUAUUUUUGAAAACUGGAAACCAGUGCUAUUAGAAGCAGAGUAUGAUUGCAUGGUUUAAUUUAUGUUUUAUUUGGGAAAGAUUAUACAUUUUCCCAUUGUUUUUCAGAUAGUCGGUAAUGUAAAACAAAUAGAUUUUGUGUUCUAAACCCAACAUGGUCAAAACUAUUUUCAUUAGUUGCAUUAUGCUAUAGUUCUGCUAAACUUUUAAACAGGUGGCUAGUAUAAGAGGGGAUUAUCGUAUUGAUUUCAGGGAAUAUUAAAUUGCGUAGAUACUCAGGAAAACAAUGCUUUAGGAUUUAAUUAAUUUUGGGUAUCUCAGCACUAGAGUAGGUACUGUACAUUACAACCACCUGUUUCAAGGGAAAAAAAUUUUUUCGAUAGGAAAAAUUUUUUGUGAUUUUUAAAUUUUUUUAUUAUUUUUUUUUUUUACUUUUGUGUGUUAAAUGUAUCAUAUGGUCCACGAUGAUAUUUACAUAAUAUUAAUCUGUAAAUUGCGUGAGAUGCAUUAACAAUUUAAACCAGACAUCGGAAAAUAAAUAUAGGCCAAACCAUUUUAUGAAUAAAUGUGACUCUGAAGAUGUAAUAAGCUUCA